AUGGCAAAUAGACUCAAACGAGUCCUCCAAGACGUAAUAUCAAAAUCACAAAGUGCCUUCAUUGAAAAUAAGCUGAUCUUUGAUAACUCUCUCAUUGACUUUGAAUUAGCUCACUUCAUGAAGCGCAAGACCCGAGGACAGGAUUUUUGGGCUGCUCUAAAGCUUGACAUAUGUAAAGCUUUUGAUCAUAUCAAAUGGGCUUUUAUUUGCAGAAUGAUAGAGUAUGGGCUUCGCUGGAUCCUGGAUCAACAAAGUGAUGAUGUGCAUCUCCUUUAUCUCUUAUACUAUACCUCAGGAAGGUCUCUCCUAUCUUUUGCAACACAAGGAAAGAAUGCAGCUCCUCCGUGGAUGCCUGUGUCUCACCUUUUCUUCGCUAAUGAUAGCUUCAUUUUUUUCAAAGCCAAUUCUGAUGAAUGUGAGCAUUUAAAGGAACGUCUACUCAUGUACGAGCUAUCUUCAGGACAGAAAAUAAAUUUGAAUAAAUCCAAAAUGAUCUUCAGUAGAAACACAUUGAGAGAUCUCAGAACCCAGCUUGCUAACUUUGUGGGAGUUUCAAAAUCGGAUGACCUGGGUGUCUAUCUUGGCCUCCCAUCUUUUGUGGGUAGAAAUAGAAAAGAGGUCUUUAGCUAUAUUAAGGAUAGAAUUUGGCACCGCCUAAAUAGCUGGAAAAGACGUUUCCUUUCCAGAGCAGGCAAAGAAGUCAUCAUGAAGUCUGUUGUCUAA